UUUCGGAAACCUAAACAUCGACAUGGAAGCAAGGCCGUAGCGCAAAGGGUAAUCAAAAUAAGGGGAAUCCCACAUAAAUAUCGCCGUGGACUGUAUUCCCAUUGCUCUCAAGGUUAUCAUAACAGUAAGCGAUAACAGUAAGAGAUAUGAAUUCUAACAGCGACCCUCUUUAUUCUCCGAUCCUUACUUUAAGUAGCUACUUAUCAAAAAUAACACAAUUUGUAUCGUCAUAAAAUGAAUAUAUUUUCAAGUAUCUGCCAUAAAAGAGCUCAUACCCGAUGUAUAACAGUUGAUUGUAUACAUUUGCCAACUGAUCUGCUUAGUUGGUCGGGUGAAAAGAUCGCUCUUCGUACGAGACACACUUCUUUUAGUGCGCACUCGAAAUGGAGCAUGGGACCACCGAAAAUAGUAAGUAGGCGGGUAUUAUGGGAGAAAACCCGAGAAGCGGAGAAAAGCAGUUGCAGACAAGCGCAGAGUCACCAUCAUCGGGCAGCUGUCAUCUGGUUCAGAUCGAGCAGCAUCCGCGCAUCUCGGAAGAUGGAGACGGGCGCACUUACCAUUCAACUGCGCAGUGAAUCGCACGCGCAAAUAAAAUAUUCGGAGUCUGCUCAGAGAAGAAGUCGCAGCUGAACACAUGGCAUGGCAGUGGACAUGGACAUGGAAGCCAUAAAAGCGCUGACGUCGAGCCAAGACGUUACCAACCAGUCCGACUCCAACUGGAAACCCGAUGGCAGAGCAAAAGCUUUAUUCAGCCAGAAGUGCAGUGUUAGUGAAAAGAAAGUCACUGGAGCCGGUUGUGGCCACUUACUGCCGUCCCUCUCCGCCGCACUUUGCUUACUAAUCUUCCAGGUGGGACUGGCUCCUGCAGUCAGCGCCAGGUCGCCGGCCAACGAGACGGCCUGGCCACCAAUGCGACAUUACGAUAUUUGGGACGACCACUUGGGCGAGCCGGGCGGUCUUGAGGAGGAUUCCUUCGUGGAUGAGGCGGACUUUAGGCUGCAAACGGGAACACCGGAGGAACUGGACAUGGAGAUGUCGCUGCAGGAAAUCUCUGAUCGUAGUUCCAGACAGGCGAACAGCAGACAGGGAAAAGUGAUCCAUCUGUUCCCGGUUCCCGUGGAUGGCUACUGCAUGUCCAGCGAUGGUCGGCGUAUUGGCAACUGCCUGAAUGCCUACGAGUGCCGCCAGAAGGACGGACAGGCGAAGGGUGAGUGCGCCAUGGGGUUCGGGGUGUGCUGCGUGUUCCUGGCCAGCUGCAACACUACGAUAACCAACAACGUGACCUACAUUGUGUCGCCGGAAUUUCCCAGCUUCAUGCCCAGCAACUUCACUGGCUGCAGUCUGCGGGUGAAGAUGAUGAGCGACGAGAUCAGCCAGGUGCGGAUUGACUUCCAUCACUUCACACUGGGCCAGCCAAACCGAAGAACCGGAGUGUGCGAAGGCGAUGUCUUCAGCAUAGGCGGUGGACCGGGCGGAAACUUCUCCCUAUGCGGCCAAAACAGUGGUCAGCACUUGUACUACGAUGUGGGGGCACGGUCGUCGCCACGGCAAUCUACUUUGUACGGCAGUCUGCGCCCUGUGGAUGCGAGUACUGGCCCUAGCAACUCCACCCCCACGGGCGAUCGCUUCAUCGACAUCAGUCUGAGCCUGUCCAGUCGCCUUCUGCCCCUCCGCAUUUGGGAGAUGAGUGUGGUGCAGAUCCCCUUCAGCCAGCGAGCUCCGGCGGGUUGCUUACAAUAUCUCACCGGCACCGAGGGCAUUAUGCAGACCUUUAACUUCGCCGAGAAUGGACGACAUUUGGCCAAUCAAAACUAUAGGAUUUGUGUGCGCCAGGAGCUGGACAUGUGCUCCAUUAUGUACCAGCCAUGCGAUGAGCAGUCCUUCCGCAUCGGCGGAGGUGGGCGAAUGGCGAGCCGAGGUGGUGGCACUUCUGAAGCAGCGGCGACAACGGCAACGUCGAGUUCUGCUCCAGCCCAGUCGGAUGCAGCAGGUGCAACAGCAGCUACAUUAGGGAAUGCUGCAGUGACCACAACAGCACCCACUUCUAGCACCCUCAUGCAGAUGCUAGCCAACAUGGCAAACUCCACAACCACAACGCUGAUGACCAUGAUGAGCGGAAACUCAACCCAGGCUGCCAGUUCAGUAUCAUCGGGCAGUACCAGCAGUAGCAGCACCGCUGCCAUGAGCACGACGACAACAUCAACCACUCCCACACCGCUCCGAUCCAGUACAGAGGCAUCUACCACCUCGGCAGCACCUGCAUCUUCGCCAGCCAGCGAUGAUGUGGAGGGAUCGGGUGGUGAGGUUGGCGAUGAUGAGGAUGACGACGGUGGGUUUCUCUUCUUCAGGAGUCGUCCAACUACGGAGAGAUCUCCCGUUUCCAGACGUCCCCGUCCCAGUGGCGGCUUCGACAUCAUGGGUAUUAUUCGGAAUGCCAUCGAUUUGCCGCUGAAGUGGCGACGGCGCCAGGCCCGCCAGUUCUUCAGCACCUGCUCCGACCGGAUUACAAUGCCGUGCAUCAUAGAGGAUUUCAUAGGAACCGGUCUGGGCCCACUUCCUGGGUGCGAGCCCGUCCACUGCGGCGCCCAAUUCUGCUCCUCGGGCGUGUGGCCCUGUCGCAUUGAAAGCACUGUGACUCCGUUCUAUAUUGGUGUCCACUUCGGCAAUGGCCAGGGCGCCGGCAAGGCGAACGCAGAGGAUAACGUGGGUGCCUGUCUGCGAUAUUCCCAAGUGCAAUGUAUGUAAUGACUUGCGGGGCUAUUAACGUUCAUUUCGCUUUAACAAAUUAUUUUUCAAUUAUCGAAAUUGAGUUCAGAUGCUAUGUUAGUAAUGACUUAAAUACGUGUUUUUUAUUUGUGGGUUGCUAGUAACAUUCCCUGAAUAAAUAGUAUGUACAAGAUUUUCCAACUUAUUCGAGGUUAGUUAACUUUGCAGUUGAGACAAAUUUACAGAAUUGUCUCUUUGUUGUUGUCUUUGUGAGUUGUUCGUUUGCUUAUAUUGUCGAAUGAUAUUCACAAUCAGUAUUUAAUUCAUACAUAUGUAUAAUGUGCAAUUGGACGAGAGGUAAAGCUUAUAAAAUAAAAAACCAUUUCGUUUGUCUU